GGGAGUCAGAUUGUCCAUUCACGUGUUGUUUGUAGGCGAAAUUGUUUUACCGAAUUUCCUAGUUGCAUAGGGAUGUCAUAGAAUAAUUGUUGAACUAAAAAUAAGAGUGUUACAGUAACAAAAAGAAGAAAUCAUGGGAAAAGUGAAAAGGUCGAAUAUCGCAAAUAAUCCUGGCUCAAGGAACCCUUUGGAGCAAGAAAUCAUGGACAGCAGAGUAGCGAAGCCGAAGAAUAAACAUAAGAUCCGGCUGAGGGCGGAACAUAGUGACGUGAUCGACAGUAAAACUAGCAGAAAAAUCCUAUCGGAAGCCCGACGGCAGCAGAUGCACAUGGGUGAAGCAGAAAAAGAUAAUUUCACGAAUCCACACUUGUCAUUGAAAUUAGAGAACAAAGGGAAGGACGAUGAAGACGUAAACGAACAGGAACUGCAUGAUGAUCUUCAAAUCAAUGCAGAAGAUGAGAAAGCCUUACGGAACUUCCAGAACAAGUCUGGAAAGAAAGUUCGGAAUCUAUCAGAUAUGAUCAUGGAGAAAAUCGCGGAGAAACAAAGCGAUUUGCACACAAAACUCACUGAUGACGGCUCAAUGAAAAUUGAAGACCUAGACCCCCGCAUCCGGGAGAUGUACGAAGGAGUCCGAGACGUUAUGAAACGAUAUAGAAGCGGAAAGGUCCCGAAAGCCUUCAAAAUCAUACCGAAAUUGAAGAAUUGGGAGCACAUUCUGUAUAUUACGGAGCCGUUCAACUGGACAGCAGCUGCCAUGUUCCAAGGAACCAGGAUAUUUGCGUCGGUUCUUUCACAGGGUAUGGCACAGAAAUUUUACAACUUGGUUCUACUGCCACGAGUUCGUGAUGAUUUAAGUGAAUAUAAAAAGUUGAAUAUUCAUUUAUACAAUGCUCUCAAAAAGGCUUUGUUCAAACCCGCGGCGUUCAUGAAAGGGAUAAUUCUACCACUGUUGGAGUCUGGUGAUUGCACUUUGAGGGAGGCGAUAAUAUUUGGAAGCGUCAUAGCAAAAAAUACCAUACCCGUUUUGCAUUCUUCUGCUUGUUUAUUGAAAAUUUGUGAAAUGGAAUACUCCGGAGCAAAUUCUAUUUUCAUACGCAUAUUCUUAGAUAAACGAUAUGCAUUGCCAUAUCGAGUUGUUGAUGCAGCGGUUUUCCAUUUUUUGAGGUUUGAAAAUGAUAAAAGGGAAAUGCCAGUUUUGUGGCAUCAAAGCUUACUCACAUUUGUUCAACGUUAUAAGAACGAUAUCUCUUCAGAACAAAAGGAAGCACUUUUUGGUUUGCUAAGGAAAAAGUCGCAUGUGAAAUUAACACCAGAGAUAAGACGUGAAUUGCAAGCAGCCAAAUGUAGAGACGUUGAAAUGAUGGACCCAAGUGAGCAUCUAAAUGAUGUGGAAGAAAUGGAGGAUGUGGAGGGUAUGGAUGAUAAUUUUGAGAUGUCAGAUUGAAAUGUUUUAUGAGAAAUAUUGAAAUGAAUAAAGUUGAAAUGUAUUUAUAAUUGCCUUAUG